AUGAACAUUGACGCACCCGUUUCCCGGCAGCGACGGCGGGUUGGACCAGGAGGGCGCAUGGGCGUCAUGUGGAUCGCCAGCUGGAACGUGCUCGCACCCGGACAAGGGGAGCCGGUCGCGGCCAAGGUCAAACUGUGGGACGAGUGCGCGCGCGAAUGGGGCGGCAUCGUGCGCAAGGGCGACGUGAUACUUCUCGAGGAUGUGGAGUUUGUCGCCGAGGCCUUUGGGCCGCAUCGAGAGGGUCCACAGUUGGUCCUCUCGCCCCACAACGGACGGUUACCAUCCAAACCAGUCAUCCUGUUCCGCACACUCCCCCGAUACGUAGCAACGCGCGCAGAUUACGUCUUCCGCGCUGGCCCGCGUGGCGCGGUGUCAAGCGGUGAGCGAGGCAAGAUUAAUGCCGAGGACCAGGCACUGCGCCCCGGCCUCCGUCUCGCACGCAGCGAUCGCGGCGUACAGGCCGUCGCUGAGAUGGCCAGGUGGUGUGCCGACUGGGUGGGCGGGGAAGGUCCUUGA